UAUAACAUCGCAUCCUAUUCUGAACUGUUAACAUCGGAGUUGUACUGAUUUGCAAAGUCUGCCCGCGACUUUUAGUAUUUUAUGAUUUUGUUGGUUUGAUUAACAACCACAUAUCACCAUGUCGGUGGCGUUUGCACCACACAGACAGCGUGGAAAGGGCGACAUAACCCCCACCGGAAUACAGAAGCUACUUGAUGAGAAUAAUCAUCUUAUUCAGAGUAUAAUGGACUUCCAGAGCAAGGGCAAAACAACAGAAUGUUCUCAGUAUCAACAGAUACUGCACAGAAAUUUAGUGUACCUGGCCACGAUAGCAGACUCUAAUCAAAACAUGCAGUCUCUCCUCCCAGCUCCACCCAGUCAAAACAUGCCCAUGGGCCCCAGCGGAAUGAACCAAAGUGGGCCCCCGCCCCAACCCAGUCAUGGUCACAACAUGCCCUCCGAAGGUAUGGUCAGCUGCGGCCCUCCGGCCCCACACAUGCAGAACCAGAUGAACGGACAGAUGCCAGGCCCUAAUCACAUGCCCAUGCAAGGUCCAGGUCCUGGCCCUAACCAACCCCCAAACAUGCCCAGUGGCUCUAUGAACAUGCCUCCAAGCAGCCAUGGCUCAAUGGGCGGUUACAACCACGCCGUCCCUUCAUCCCAGGGAAUGCCAGCGCAGAGCCAAAUGAACAUGACGCAGGGCCAGCCCAUGGGAAACUAUGGACCUAGGCCCAACAUGAACAUGCAGCCCAAUCAAGGCCCCAUGAUGCACCAGCAGCCUCCCUCCCAGCAGUACAACAUGCCUCCAGGUGGUGGCGGCCAGCACUACCAAGGGCAGCAGAACCCGAUGGGCAUGAUGGGCCAGGUCAACCAGGGAAAUCAUGUCAUGGGUCAGAGGCCCAUGCCUCCAUACAGACCACCUCAGCAAGGACCCCCACAGCAGUACCCAGGGCAGGAAGACUACUAUGGGGACCAGUACAGUCACGCAGGACAGGGAGCCUCAGAAGGUAACGCCCAGUACAGUCAGCAGCAAGAGGCCUAUCAGCAAGGCCCCCCCCAGCAACAGGGCUACCCUCCUCAACAGCAGUACCCAGGUCAGCAGGGCUACCCACCACAGCAGCAGGGCUAUGGUCCCUCCCAGAAUGCCCCAGGACAGUACCCUAACUACCCUCAGGGGCAGGGCCAGCAGUACGGUGGCUAUCGCCCCCCUCAGCCAGGACCCCCACAGGGCCAACAGCAGCGCCCUUAUGGCUAUGACCAGGGGCACAUGAGGAAAUAAAGGCCCGGGGAUUUGAACCCCCUGACUAGCUCUAUAAGAAGCAAAGGGCCAGUAUGGAAAUUACCAGCAAUGAGAAACGGUCAUCUCUUUUAUGACAGUCACAGCAGCACAAAAAACAAAAUCCAUUCUCCUCUCCCUGUUGAUCCUUUGGGCUUUAACUUUAAACAUUACCACUGACUCAAAACAUCACAAUCUAUGCCCCUUUCCCCCACUUCUGGUCCAGUAUGUCUCAAAGUGGCAGUGCCUUAAAAGAUGGAGCUGCCUUAUCCUCCAAUAGCAUUGCAUUGCCUGUACAAACAAAAUGUAGGAUCUUCUGGAGAUGAUUCAUGUGGUUCAACUGUGGUGUAUUGUUUCUCUACGCGUCAGCUCCUUGUAAAGGAGCAAUAAUGCCAGCAGUAGAGAAGCGUGCAUGUCUAGGGAGGUAAGAGGUCAGGGAGGGGGUGGGUGUAGACUUUAGAAAUAAGACAGCAAGUCAACAACGUCCUGCUAGUUCCAUGGUACACCCACAUUGAUGUAUGUGAUGCUGUAAAAAUAUAUUUGAUUAUUUUUUGGGCAACAUGACUUUGUAUCAGACUGCGGAAGCUAGUACUAAGAUGUGUCUGUGUCAAUGAUGUUUUAUUUUUAUUUGUGAUGAAUUGAACGAUGCAAAUAAGUGACACAAUUUCAAUGAGCAAACCUGCAUCUGCAACAUGUUUUGUUUCUAUCGUACAAAAAGAAUUAUGUUGUACUAAUGUGCCAAGUUACAGGGCAAAAAAAAAUGUUCAAACAUCAAAAGCAUUUGCUCCGAUGACCUCCUGGAGACAAAUGUGGCCAAAGCUUACACCAUAUGUAGCAACAUCGUAACAACUGAAAGUGGCUCAAUUGUGUAAGAGUAUUAGGAUCACACUGGUAUACAGUAGUUACAUUGCAAGGAAAAAAGUCAAAAGAAAAACUGGACCUGAAUAGAAGCCAUACCUACCAAAUUUAAAGUAAUUUAAAAUAAUUGUCCAUAUCGGUUGCAUGAUGGUGUCCACACUGUAAGAUGGGCUGCUUACACAGAAAUACACUUUACAGUAAACCUUUCAAUUCACUCACUCACUACACUCAGUGUUACCAGCAACACCCGUUAGGUCUGAUGAGUGACAUGUGAGAUGCUUUUUCCCCCCCCCAUUGGUGUUCAACAGCUGCCAUGGUUCAAGCAAAAUCUGUAGUAAUUCUACACUUGAUCAAACAUAAGAUUUGUUAGAUCAAAACCCGAUUGCUGCAUAAGACUUCAGAUUGAUAUAUCAGCUUCCACUUAUCUAGUCUGCACUUUUUUGUCUUUACAGCUUAUGUUGCGUAAAAUUUGAACUUAAAUUUUUCUGGUAAGUUUCCGAUUUUGGCCUCACUUUGAAAUAAGGUGUACAAAAAUGCAGUAAUUACUGAGGACCUAAUAAGCAAGGCACAUACAUUUAGAGUAGUUACUGAGGAACUAGUGAAGAACUAAUGAGCAGUGGUUAGGUAUAGGUUUGUUCUUUAACUACUGUUAUUUUGUGUGCCUUUAUUAACAAGUGUUACCAUGACUUCGAAAAGAUAAAAUGUAUUCUCCAUUUUCUUCUUGAAUGUAAUACUUUUUGUCACUCAAGAUUCCAAUUUUAUUCCUGUAGGUGUCAGGUGACAAGAUCCUCAAAGGUCCUAAUCUUCACCUUUUACGUUUGGAAUAACGGUUAGAAUGUUGACCUCAUGGUCAACCAAACGCCAAAUUGGCAAUCUCCGUUUGGUGAUCUUUUGCAUGUUCUCUGAAUCGGAAUUUUUUUAUAGGUUUUCUUGUAAUUCGUGACUUUUUUCCUUGCAAAAUGACCACUUUGUUCCUGUGAUUGUUCGAUUUUAUUAACUUUGCCUAAGUUUCUUUUCAGUGUGGUCCUAAUACAUCUUUGCCAUUGUGCCUCUUGACUGCAAAUGGAAUUUCAAAACAGUAUGGUUGACAAUGACAGAGUUGUAUUAUUCAUGCUGGAGUCCUUUCCAUCAUUGGCGUAAAUAAACGUGUUGGCUGUCGUCUUUAAAGUGGUGUUGUACGUUAAUAAUAAAGGGUGUCACAUAUGUAAGAUAAAAUGUGAAAAGAGUCAGUCAGUCGACAUUUUUAGACCUGGUUGUGCAGUUUUCUAUCACUGACUUGUUUUGUGGUGCGUUCUUUAUUGCUCCCACUUCCCAGUAUGUACAGCAGCAGGAGGAACAAAAACAGUCCUCUUAUUGUUUAUAUGGCUGUUUUUAAUAUUUGUUUGCAUUCCCAUUCACAUUUGUGUCAUGGUAAUGUUCAACUGUACAUUCUGCUAAUAAAUUGCAAGAAUCUUUAA